AUUGGCGUUAUAGAAAAGGUAGGGAAAGACUGUGCCAGAGCUCAAAUCCGUUCCGUGAUAUCAACACAGUCCCUUGGAUUUCUUACAAACUUCUUCGAUUGCAGUUAACAGCUCUGCAAGUGUCCUUUCUUCAGUACUUCAAGAAAACUGUAAUCUUCCAUGUGCAGAAAUCAAGAGACAGGAUUCUAUUUGUACGCAGCGUUUCUAAUCUGGAAAAGAUAGAGGCGGCAUUGUAUUUGAGUCACGGCGACGGGCGGGUGGAGUUGGCACACUGGAUUUAUUAGCUAGCGUUAGCCUUUUCAAUCAUAUUUCCAUAGGAUUGGAUCGGGAUCUACCUUUUCAGAUAAACAAGGAUUUCUUCUGUCUUCCGUUUGAAUAUGUUGCUGUCAAAGUUUGGCUCAUUCUCACACAUUUGCAACCCUUCGAGCAUGGACCCGGUGAAAAUACAGCUCCAGCCAGUUAAAGUGGAAAAGGAGCCGUUCGAAAAGGUUUACAAGGUGGGUUCCGUGCUCGGCAGCGGUGGAUUCGGCACAGUCUAUGCCGGUAGUCGGCUCUCCGAUGACGCACCGGUCGCAGUUAAACACGUGCAGAAGGAGCGGGUGACCGAAUGGGGUACUAUUAAUGGUGUGAUCGUGCCUUUGGAGAUUAUUUUAUUGAAGAAAGUCAGUUCGUCGUUUCGAGGGGUUAUACAACUCCUGGAUUGGUAUGAGCGACCAGACGGCUGGUUGAUUGUCAUGGAACGCCCGGAGCUGGUUAAGGAUCUUUUCGAUUUCAUAACUGAGAAGGGUGCUUUGGACGAGGAGACUGCGAAGGGAUUUUUCCGUCAGGUUUUGGUGUCUGUCCGCCACUGCUACAGCAGCGGAGUAGUUCACAGAGAUAUCAAAGAUGAAAAUCUGCUUGUAGACCUACGCACUGGGGACCUCACGCUUAUUGACUUUGGUUCAGGGGCGAUUCUCAAGGACACAGUCUACACUGACUUUGACGGUACAAGAGUAUAUAGCCCGCCAGAGUGGAUUCGCUUCCAUAGAUACCACGGGCGCUCUGCUACGGUGUGGUCGCUAGGGGUGCUUCUGUAUGACAUGGUCUGUGGAGACAUCCCCUUUGAGCAAGACGAGGAAAUCCUCCAGGGGAGACUGUACUUCAGGAGGAGAGUGUCUAAUGAUUGCCAGCAGCUGAUCAAGUGGUGCCUGUCGUUACGGCCCUCAGAUAGGCCUACUCUGGAACAGAUCCUGGACCACCCUUGGAUGCGCUUGGCUGGGGAAGUGUCGAUAUCCUCCAAGACGGAGGAUGGGGACAUCCGGCUGAGGACCAUCAAAACGGACAUAUCUAGCACAAGCUCCAGCAAGGAGAGCCUAUGAAAGAGGGAAUGAGAGGAAAGAAUGGACAUGAGGGGGGGUGUUAACUGGACUUAAAGGGCUCUGGUCCUUAUGCCCCACCAUGGCUUGGGCAGGCAGAAAACUUUUUUUUUUGUUGUAUGGAAUUAUUAUAAUUUAUUAGUUUGUUCUUCCUUUUGAUCUUUUAUUUUUAUACCUCAUUGUUUCCUAAUGUGGGACAUUUGCUGUUUGGGGCGGUCUUUACCAGCGACUAUUUAUUUUGUACUUUAUUCUUUUCUAAUUUGUUAUAACGGUGGGUUUAUGCAUCUGGUUUAAAGCCCCCUAUUCAGACCGACAUGGCUGCUCUCAUAGAGCUAGGAGAAUACUUUAUUUUUAAACAUUUUGAUUUGUAGUGCCUUUUUGAACGCUGCUUCUCGGUGCUUUUGUCAUAAUUUGUUUUGUUAUAACCCUUUCCGGCUGGUUUGUUUGUACGUAUCCCACCCUGUCAUGAUGGAGAUGAGUUGUCUUCUUCCAUAACAGUGUGGUAAACUACACCACCCAGCAUGCUUAGGGAUCAUAGGAGGGGGGGAUGUGUUGACCAUGGAAUGCUUGAAACACAACUCACUCACACUGCACCCCCUUACUAAGCUGCUCACUCAUACUAUAGCCUCAGUCAUUUGUAUUUCUCAAAAUUGAAUCCUUUCAUUUCUGAAUGUGUAUAAAAACUACAUUAAUAUCUGUGUGUUUAGCCCCUUGGAAAUGUAUUUUACUUAAAUGUAUUGCCUUUCCCCCAUCUCGUAGCUGGCACUAUCUCCUGCCCUGAACUAGUGUAUCCAUGACUUAAGUGUGAAAUGCACAAUCAAUGCAAUAUUCAUGGUCUAUUUUUCAAUACAAAUAUUGUGCAGGUUUUUUUUCUGCCUAUGCUUUUCAUUUCUUCAGAACAUGUAGACGUUCCACACUCUUGUAGCUUAUUCAUUUAUUGUCGAUGUUUAAGAGUGAGAAAUCCCAGAGUUUGCAUAUCUUUACAUGGCCUUUUGUUUUGCAUUCCUGUCAUUUUCUUUUACACAAUUUGUUUUGAUUGUGGAUGGAUGCACUGAAGUUGUCUGAAGGGAAUAAAACAAGGUAUACUUACAUUUGGAAGAGCUAUGAAUGUUAUUAAAAAAAUGUUUUUGUCCUUUCUGUGGUAAUGUUGGGUUGGAUAGGGCUAUUCUAGUUAGUGACUAUGAUAUGGCUUGCCUAGUGUUAGAUAUUAUCUUUCAGUUUAGCUGUAUGACAUGAAUGAUAGAGAUCUGGAGAUGUUUUAUUUUUUUUAUACAAACUUUUCAAUUAAAUCUCUUUUUGUACAUAAA